UCAUCAGUUGACUAAGUGAAAAGCACAAGACGAAACAUUGUAUUUCCGCGGAGAAUAUUUGACUACAACGAUGCAAAAUUAUUUUGUUGGCCUAGUUGUUUGGGUAACGAUCAGUUCGUGUACAGGAUUUGUUACAACUACUAAUCAGCUCAUUGGAUCGGGUCCAUUUCCAUUUGACUAUCUACUCGGUGAAUACAGUAACUUCACUUCGACCGCUGACGUUUUAUUCGUAGACCAUGACAUACCAGAACGAAGUAUUCGUCAAAUAAUCUCGUACGGAAAGACAGUCAUUUGCUAUGUGAAUGUGGGAGCCUGGGAAGAUUGGCGAGACGAUGCAGACGAUUUUCCAGAAACUGUACUCGGCAAUGAUUAUGAUGGUUGGCCGGGAGAACGAUGGUUAGAUGUGAGGAACUUGAAGGUUGUUUUACCAAUCAUGCUAAGACGAUUCCAAGAUGCUGCUGCAAAGGGAUGUCAGGGUAUUGACCCAGAUAAUAUGAAUGGUUGGUCCGUGGACACUGGCUUCCCAAUUUCGUUCAAUGACCAAUUGAUAUACAAUCGGGCGAUUUCAAGGGAAAUAAGAAGAUUAGGAAUGCUGUCAGGCCUAAAAAAUGACAACGAGCAAGCGAUAGCUUUGGAACCGUACAGUGAUUUUGCUGUAGUUGAAGAAUGCGUUCAGUAUAGGGAAUGUGACGGCUUCGACAUAUUCGUUGAAAAGAACAAGCCAGUAUUUGUCGUAGAAUACACAGAGUAUUGGACGGAAAACAAUUUUAAAAAUCGAGUUUGUCCACUUGUGGAGGACACUGGAAUGGCGUUCAUUUUGAAGGAACUCGAGCUGCAUAAUGAUUUCAUAGUUUCGUGUAUGUGAGAAAACAGUGUAAGUAAUAAAUCAAUUAUAUUGCUACAGUGUAACAAAUUAAAAUGAU